AUGCAAUUCACUUCCGUCAUCGUUCCUGCUGCCCUCUUCCUUGCCUCCGGCUGCCACGCUUGGGCACAGGCUGCUAACGGAGUCUGGGUUGCAAACAACGUUUACUACAACAUCAGAGGCUCCACCGUGCAUGAGGCUUGCACCACGAUGAACACUAAUGACGUCCACCCCGGCGGCACCAAGUGCUCUUACUGGACCAACGGUGUUGGCCAGAUCUUCGACGGAAAAUGCUCGUACCAGGGCAACUCGGUUCUCUGUAUCAAAUAA